GGGGGGGGGGGACUUUCUGAAGCCCCUUGCUCGAGCUAACCCCUUGCUCCAGUUCUUGGGCUGUUGCAAGUGGCAAGUGUUGGCAGAGCUCCCAAAAAUGUGUUGACGUCUUAGUUCUGAUGAGAAUCACGAAAGUUGUGGGGAAAUACACACCAUACUCAACAGUAAACAUAGAACGUGGGUGAGAAACUGAAGGAGUAAAGCUGAAUAUUUCGCAUUCCAAGACGCCUUUAAGACAAAAUCUAAAAUGGCAUAUCAGGCGUACCAAAGCGCUCAGCACAACGCCCCACCGGAUCAAAGUUUGUGGAAUAUAUUUCAGAGAGUAGACAAAGACCACAGCGGUGCGAUCUCGGACACAGAGCUUCAGCAAGCUUUAUCAAACGGUACCUGGACACCUUUUAAUCCUGUAACUAUUCGAUCUAUUAUAUCUAUGUUUGACAGAGACAAUAAAGGUGGGGUGAACUUCCAAGAGUUUGGGGGAGUCUGGAAGUACAUCACUGAUUGGCAGAACAUCUUCCACACCUACGACACGGACAACUCAGGCUUCAUCGACAGGAAUGAGCUGAAGCAGGCCCUGACAUGCUUUGGGUACCGCCUGUCGGAUCAGUUCUAUAGCAUCCUGAUUGAGAGGUUUGACAGACAGAGGAAGGGUCAGGUGGCCUUUGAUGACUUCAUUCAUUGUUGUAUUGCGCUCCAGAGACUAACGGACAUGUUCAGACGAUAUGACACGGAUCAGGACGGCUGGAUCCAGGUCUCCUAUGAGCAGUAUUUGUCCAUGAUGUUCUGCGUUGUUUAAUGAUCCCGAGGUUUGCUUCCACUCUCUGGGACGAAAGUCAAAACCGCUGCACUUAUUUUGCUGGUAAACGUAGCCAGACUUGCAGGAUGGACACGUUGUUUUGAGAAAGCAGUCCAUGUGAGAAACUGACAAUAAACUCUUGAGUAAAAUCAAGAGCAAUGCAGUGUGUACGGAUUUACACUGUGAAAGCAGUCUAUAGGCACAGAGCCUACUGUUCAAAUGACUGACAUUUUAAUUUAGCCAUAUUUGUGUUAACAAAUAUAGUUUAUUUACAGUAGUAUAAAAUUAGAAAUGUGUGGUCUUUGAUUUUGCAAGGAUAUUAUCAAAUUCAGCUAAUUUUGUCUCGCUGUUCCUUCUGGGCAAGUGCCUUGAACUGUACUUUAUAUUAAAAAAAAUAUUUUAUGAAGAAGAGAUGGAAACGGUUUUGAAAACUGACCAGAAUGUUUUAUGCAGGCAUGUGCUAGAGCAGACAAUAGGUGGCGCCUUUGGACUACAGUAAAGAUUUAACAUAUUUGGAAAAUCAGUCUGGCACUGGGUAGGAAUCACUUCUUUGUUGCUCAGGAAGAUCAGAACUGUGUUUUAUUUAACCAAAAUCUAUUUGUAAUUACAAAGCUCUUCCUUAAUCAUGUUGUUUUACUGAUCAUUUGUUGCAUUCUGUAAUGUUAUGCAAUGGGUGGACUUUGCUAUUCCUUCAACAGUGAGAUAAAAUUUGGGCAGAAAUGA